AUGAGCCGAGUACUAUUCGACACCAGGGCCAUGCCCGCCUCCCACAAACACCUCGCCUCCUCCUCGAAAGGCAAGAACAGCGGCUGGACCGAGAAAGUCAAAGAGAAGCAGCAGGUCGAGCAAUCCGAGGAGGAAGAAACAAAUCCUGCAGACAAGAUGUGCCCCAUCUGCCACGAAGAUAUCGGCUCUCCCAACUCCGAAGGCGUCGUCGAGAACUGGAGCGUUCUGCCGUGCGGACACAUGUUCGGGAGCCACUGCAUCAAGCACUACAUCCAGAUGGUGGCCUACGACCGACCGCAAUGCCCCAUCUGCCGACACUCGCUCGUCCACGGCUGCGGCCACCCCGUCCUGCCCGCCCUGUUCGUCACCGAGGGCCGCAACGCCGCCAAGGUCAACCGAGCGACGAUCCGAGCCCUCGUCUUGGGAUCCAUGCAGCACGACUGCCCGUAUUGUGCGGAGAAAAUUGCGAGCGGGCAAAGAGUGGUGGCCGCGAGACACGGCAGGAAACGACAGCAGCAUACGUCGAGGUGGAAGCAUCUGCUGAAGAAGAUCUUUGGUUCACCGCUGGCUAUGGACCGCUGGGGCGAUUCCGAGUACGCGACCGCUCGGUUCCAGACCCGGUUCGAAAGUCGGUUCGACAACUGGAAUGGCGCGAGGGAUUAUGAGUGGGAGUGGUGGUGGGAUAAGCAGGCCUUGACAAGUCUCAGUCGGGCCACUUCUACCAAGCAGAGUAGGGCGGCCUGA